CAGGAAGUCCUUGAUGAUUUCUGGUCCGUCGAACUUCAGUCACAUUACGCACAUGGGUCCUUGUGAAGGUAUCGAAUUUCAGCAGUUGAUCGAUUUGAAUCAAGCGAGCAAGAAAUCCUCUGGCGGCGGGAUUGCAGCAGUUAACGCUUCCAAAGCAGAUCGGAUGAAGCAGCCUAUCGCCGAUAGUGUCAGCUACACCAGUCAGAACAUGACUAAUCGGCCGUCGUCUCUGCACAGUAAAAGUUCCGAAAGCUCUAGUCUAGAGAAGGAUGGCUUUCAGCAAUCAACCGGCUCGGAUCUGCCUAACUUGUCAGAUGUGUCAUCAGGGUCCAGGACGACGACGUCGGUGAAUCGGUGGGCGCACUUAACGUCUAGCAUGUGUCCAUGUGCCGAGAGAAGUGCAGCACACUUGCCGCGUUGCGCGUUGCAAACGAGGAAGCGAUGCCGAUACGAUGCGAUGCGAAGGCUGUUGUUAUCCGACUGUACUCUCUUGCCUGAUUUGGACUGUUUAUCGAGUAAGAUUCGUCUUUGCCAAGUGAAGGACAUCACGAGUCGUGACGUCGUCGUGGAGAGCCGGACAGCAGAAACGGCGCAGCGUAGCGUCCGACCAGUUCGCGCAUGUUGGCGCUCGCCAAUUGUUGUGACAGGUGUCUUGCAGGAAGAAGCAGCAGAAGCAGAACAGAACGUUAUAUAGUU